UCUUCUCACAACAAAAGAAAUUUUUAAAAAUAUUGAAGCUUAAAGAUAUUGAAUCAUUUUAUACUAGUCUGGCAAAUGGGUUUUUAAGGCUAUUACUUAAAUUUGAUACAACAAUUCUUGUC